CGCAUAAGGCAGGCUGAAGGAGCCCUGCUGUGAGGUUCCUUGCGGAAAUAAAGCCAGUGGGGAGAAAUGCCAACUGCCUCUCGCCCACAGGACACCGUACUCGGCUGGCUAGACACGUUGGUUGUAUUGCUGGUACCGACUGUUCCUUCGCAUCCGUAUGUAGAUCCUGGCAAUACCUCGACAAUGGCGGUUUCAACGUCGAGUGUCGGGAAAUAUCCAUUUCUGCCGCCAUUUCGGGACAGUCAGACCUCACUGCUCGGUGCUCGCUCAAUGCUCAAGGAGGGGUGGGGGUGUGUGUCUUAGCUGAGGUAGGCAUCAAAUCAGACGUCGCUAAGGUGC